UAAAUAUUUAGGUCGUGUUAUAACUAUUACUGGUCAAUCAGCACAUAAUGCAUCACGAUUUGAAUUUAAUUUAUUAGCAGGAAAUUAUAAUGGUGCUGAUGUUGCAUUUCAUUUCAAUCCAAGAUUUGAUCAACGUGAAGCUGUACGUAAUUCAUGUCAAGGUGGUGGUUGGGGUGCAGAAGAAAAACAAGGAGGAUUUCCAUUACAUCCCGGUCAACAAUUCGAAAUUCAAAUUGUUUGCUUUCCCGAACAUUAUCAAGUUAAUUGCAAUGGUCAACCAUGGUUUACAUUUCGACAUCGAUUACCAUUUCAAAACGUACAGGCUUUACAAGUCAAAGGCGAUGUUCACAUUACAAAUGUUUCUGCUAUGUAA